GUUACAUGAUAAAUGAAUAACAACAAAGUAUCAGCAUUUAGUGUUUUUAAAGCUAAAGAAAAAAUUGGUUUUGAUAUUGGUCUUGAUUCACCUUCAUCAAAAGGUUUAAAUACUCCAAGUAAAAAUGGUGACAUGAAAUCUUCCAAUGUUAAAAAAAAAUUAAAACGCAAUAAAAAUGAGCCACUAAAUUCAUUACGUAAUUCAAUUCGUAAAAAAGUCAAAAAAGAUGCACAUCAUGAGAUAUCAUUAAAACCUGCAGAAAAUAAGAGGAAACCCUCUGUACUUCAAGUGUUUGAACGCAAUUGGGCAGAAAAUAUUGCUGACUUAAACAGCUCCUCGUUAGAAAGAGAAUUUUUACCUCAAGUUUUGGAACAAAAAAAGGUCCAAAAUGACCUGCAUAAAAUAGGUUAUCAAGAAAAAUCUAAUUCCGUUGUAGAUUUAACAGCAAAAAAAUCUGAAAAGAAAAAAUCUAUAAGAUUAAAAAACCAAAGUUCAACAGCAUCAUCUGCUGCAAUAAAUCAAGAAAAAAAUGAUAUUACCAAUGAACAUUCAAAAAAUAAAAUUAAAAACUUAAGUUCUCUUUCUGGUAAAGAGUUGUUUAACUGGGUACUAGCACCAAUAAGUUCUGAGAGAUUUUUCAGUGAAGCAUGGCAAAAAAAACCAUUAUUCAUUAAAAGAAGGCAACCUCUUUACAACACCAAUUGGUUCAGUACAAAAAAACUCGACAAAAUUCUCAGAGAGAAAAAUGUUCAAUAUACAAAAAAUUUAGACAUUGCAGUUUAUAGAAAUGGACAACGUGAAACAUUAAACCAUGAAGGGAGAGCUUUUCCAUCUGUUGUCUGGAAGUUUUAUGAAGAUGGUUGUUCUAUUCGUCUUUUAAAUCCACAAAUAUUUGCUAAAAGUGUCCAUCAACUAACAUCACGCCUUCAGGAGUAUUUUGGUUGUUUAGUUGGAUCUAAUGUGUAUUUGACACCACCUGGUAGUCAAGGGUUUGCACCGCACUAUGAUGAUAUUGAAGCUUUUGUUAUUCAACUUGAAGGAAAAAAACACUGGAAGCUUUAUCCACCAAGAAACACAAAUGAAGUUUUAGCUCGUUAUUCUAGUGAAAACAUGCAAGAAGAAAAUUUAGGUGAACCAAUACUAAAUAAAGUUCUAGAAGCUGGAGAUACUCUUUAUUUUCCAAGAGGUGUUAUUCAUCAAGCUUCCACACUUGAAGAUUCCCAUUCAUUACAUAUUACUAUAUCUCUAUAUCAAAAAAGCUCUUGGGGUGAUUAUCUUGAGAAGCUUAUCCCAUUAGCAUUACAAAAAGCAAUUAGUGAAAACGUAAUGUUCAGAGAAGGACUUCCUAUUGAUUUUUCUUCAUUUGUUGGCGUUUCAAAUUCAGAAAAGAAAUGUCCUGAGCGCGAUACUUUUGUAAAAACAGUUAAAAAACUUAUGGAGAAGCUUAUUGAUUAUGUUGAAAUUGAUGAAGCAGGCGAUGAGCUCGUGUUGGAUCACAUGGAAGAAUUUCAGCCACCGUACUAUUCUUCUGAUGAUGUUGAAUGCUCAGUGUUUAGUAAAGAUGGAUUUUGGGAUGGUGAAGUGCGACGUCAUCAUAAAAUAGAAUUGAGUACUGAGUUAAGAUUAGUUCGUCCAGGAAUAGUUCGGGUUAUUCCAGCAGAUACUGAGUUGCAAGUUUAUUAUUCUGUCGAAAACAGUCGGCAAUAUAAAGAAGUUCCUCUCAGAGUGCUUCGUUUUUCACUAGAGGAUGCCGACCUUUUGGAAUAUUUUUUGUUCAGUUAUCCAGCGUACGUUGUUGUUGAAAACGCUCCUGGUGAUGAUAUCCAUAAGGUUGAUGUCGCUAAUCGUCUAUACAACUUUGGUAUUUUACGAUCUAAGGUUCCAUUGGUCCAUACAUGAUAAAAUUAAAAUCGAUUUAUUGACAUAAUGGUUUUAAUGUACGGCUACUAUAAUGAAAACAAUGAAACCGUCAAAAUUUUGUAAUUCAGGUUUACAGCUUUUUAUUAACAAAAAGAACAAAUAAUAAAAGCAAUUAUUUUCUCUUUCUACAAAUUUAUCAGAACCUUUUACUGUAUUCAAUAAAUAUAAAUAUAUAUGAUUACAUUUUUAA